AAAUUAGAGACUGUUAGCAUUGAUUUCAUAAUGACUGCAGUAUGAUAAAUAUUAUGCAAUGUGAGACAGUUUCCUGGUUCCGGUGUGAAUAAUACGUCAUGUGAUAUAGAAGCAUUAAAGAAUUAUAUUACGCUUAAACUAAUUGUUCUAUGUAAAUUGAUCCUGGUAAUAAAGUUGAUGACAUUCAAAAUGACCAAGUUGACAUUCCCUGAGUCGUUACCGAUCAAGAUCGAUAAGUAAUAACUAAUAAUGUUAACUUUUCUUCCAAAUUGAGUAAUUGUGAGCUUGCAUAUCUUAGUUGUCUUAAGAAACAGUGAAUCAUAAGUUUCGGGUAACUAACUUUUGCCUGUUAUUAUUAUUAUUCAAAUGAAAAUCCUUUGCUGUACAAAUGUAAAGCCUGCCCACUGAAAUAAAAAAGUUCAUUGAAUUACCGUGGAUUUUCGAGUAAUUCUGAACAUAUUUCUUCCAAGGUCACAGCAGAUAAGGCACACGAACUGAUUUCGCCGACGCCGUGCGUGUCAAUUACCCCAGCGCAGUCAGUUAUAUAAUUCCAAGCAUGACAUACUAAUAUGAAUAGUCAUAUUUACCGAAGGUAAUAUUCUGUUAGUUUUGCGAAGUGUGAGAAGACUUAAGCGUUAGAAACAAUAACCUCUAAUCAUUCUACUUUGCUCGAAGUUUUACCGAAUACAUGCUGCUUUAUUAAAUUAGCUUCAGUGAUUAUAUAUGUUCCUCUACGGUAUUUCAGAAUGAAGAUAAAAACUUUAUUCGUAGUUCUACUGUUCAAAGGUUUUAUCAGAGGCUCAAUAUCACAGUGCGAUGGAAGCGAAAUGAUUAUUUCUAACGGAACCGGUCAUAUUCAAUCCCCGAAUUACCUAAACGAAUACGGGGAAAAAGCAAGUUGCACGUGGAAAUUUGUCUCCGAAGAUAAUGACAAAUUUAUACAGCUGAUUCUUACAGUUGAAUACCAACGGCUAUAUUAUGUGGACAGGAUGUAUAAAGUUUGUUCCGGAUCAUACAUACUAACAAUUAAUAACGAAACGGCAGAUUGCGAUAGAUACAUCGAUUCAAUUUAUACCCCCGCAAUUAAUAUGACGUAUCAUCAACCACAACACUGCAUUGGAACGUCUGAUGGAAAGCUGAUGCCUUAUGUUCAAGUCAGAUACGUUUCAGAUGGUAGAACAACGAAUUAUUCCUCAUCCUUUAUGGGAUUCCGAAUUCAUUACAACUAUACCAGAUGUACACAAGGCACAAGAGAAAUUACAGCAUCGUCAACCUAUAUACAAACUACUCGUAAAUAUGCAACUGAACAUGUCAACAAAUCAGAAAUUUUAUUCACUACUUCAGUUAGAGAACCCGUCCGCACAGAAUCUUCUACUCAGUCAACAACGAUAAUCAUAUUGAUAUCCGUCAUCAUAUUGCUUUUGGUGCUGGUAGGGGCAAUUGUGAUUUACUUCAGAAAACGGUUGCGCACAACAGUAGCGGAACAACAGGAACCAACAUCAAUCAACAAUACAACGCCAGAUGCCGGGAGAAGUCCGCCGACAUCUGCCCAGCCAAACCCGACGUACGAAGAAAUCAGCGACAAAAAAUACGAGAACUUGCCGACACCAAUUGAAGAAGAUCCGUAUUUACAGCCGUUCGAGAUGGGCAACUCUGGAUAUGAGGCCACAACACCAAGGCGUCAAUACUAACGUAAAUAACAAGAGAUCAGCA